CCUCACUCCCGGGUCCCACGGCACCCCUAGGUCCUGCACCCCGGCAUUCUGCUGCACCCCGCACCCCCGGGUCCUGCACCCCAUGGCAUCCCAGAGCGACACCCCACACCCCCGGGUCUUGCUCUCCCAGCAUCCCGCACCCCUGGACCUGGCUGCACCCCGCACCCGGCCUCAGCCCUGAGCCGCACCCCCCAGCACGGACCCUGCAGCCUGGCCGGGGGCUCCAGGAGUCUCUCCCAGGCACCCCCUGGGCUGGGGGGCUGCCGGUGCUGCCCUGCCCCAGCCAGACGCCCUCACCCCCUGGAGCCCAGUCCCUCUGGCAGGGACGAGACAUGGGUCCGGGCUGGUGCCCCCCUGGUGGAGCUGGUGCCAGGCUUGUGGGUGGCAGGGAUGCCCGUGGAGCUCAUCUCCUCCGGCAGUGACCGCAGUGGGGUCCAGCCAUGAAGACACCACCGGUUUUCACCCGCCACAGGGCGAGCUGGGGGUGGGAGACACAAGGGGACACGGUGCCUCCCUGCCCAGGCACGUGGUGGCAGACAGGGCAGGACGUGGGUUGUGAGCCAGGUCCCGGCAUGAGCGGGAUUGGGGCUGGCAGGGCCCUGCACACUGGAAAGUGGCUGCAGACGUGGAGGGGCCGGGCGGGGGCUGGCAGGGCGCCGGCGCCGCGCGAGGCUGACGGUUUGUUAUGUCUGCCGCGAGCCCAAGGAUGUUUCCCAGGGCUGGAGCAGGGCCGUGGCGCCUGCCCUGACUCACCGCCCUGCCCCCACCAGAGCCGGGGCCACUGCACACUGAGCACACAUGUGCACAGAUACGGCACAUGCAUGAAGCGAGUACAUGCAUGCAGGCCAUGCUUCCACGUAGCUCAUGUCCAGGCAUAUGUGGAACAUGGACAUGGCACAUGUACACAGCCAAAGCACGGGGACACACAUGGUGCAUGUGCACAAGGCACACGUACACACAGAACACGGGAAUGCACAAAGCACAUGUGCACAUAUGCACACUGCACGUAGACACAGCCUGCACAUGCACGCUGCACAUGGACACAUGAAGCCUGCACAAGGCAUGCACACAUACAUACAGCACACGGGCACAACACUAGCGUGCACAGGCCCAUGGCAUGCACAUGCACAAAGCACACAUGCAUACAGGAACAUGAAGCGUGCACAUGUGUGCCGUUCUCUCCUGACAUGGCAGGCAGCUGUGUCACGUGUCACUGCACCACGCUGGGGUGCAGGGCCCCAGAACCCUCCUUCCCUGUCACCCCCGGCCCCCAUGCUUCCCUGUGACCCACUCAUGACCCCACAGUGACCCAGUGGCGUCCCGCCAGUGGGGCUGGGGCCUCAUGCUGCCUCCCAGAGCCGGGAGCACUCCCUCCCCACAGCUUCUCUCUGGGUCCCAGCCAGGAGGGAACCCAGGAGUCCAGGUGGUUCUGGGAGGGGCCUGGGGCUGCGGGUCAGGAGUGAGGGGCACCAGCUAACCCCUGGCUCAGGACAGGGGUGACACUGCGGCUCACCCACAGGGUCCGGCCAUGUCGCUGGCGGCGCCCAGCAGCAGCGAUGCCUGCCUGAGCAUCGUGCACAGCCUGCUGUGCCACCGGCAGGGCGGUGAGAACGAGACCUUCGCCAAGCGUGCCAUCGAGAGCUUGGUCAAGAAGCUGAAGGAGAAGAAGGACGAGCUGGACUCACUCAUCACAGCCGUCACCACCGGCGGGGCCCACCCCAGCAAGUGUGUCACCAUCCAGCGCACCCUGGACGGCCGCCUGCAGGUAGCCGGGCGCAAAGGCUUCCCGCACGUGAUCUACGCCCGGCUCUGGCGCUGGCCCGACCUUCACAAGAACGAGCUGCGGCACCUCAAGUGCUGCCACUUCGGCUUCGACCUCAAGUACGACAGCGUCUGCGUGAACCCCUACCACUACCAGCGCCUCGCUGCGCCAGGCGCCGGUCUCAGCAUCCAGAGCGCAGCACCCCCCGCCCGCCUGGUGAAGGAGGAGCUGCCCCAUGACUGCGUGCAGAUGGAGGCGCCCCUGGGGGGCUGCGGAGCAGGCCCUGAGUUCUGGUGCUCCAUCGCCUACUUUGAGAUGGAUGUGCAGGUCGGGGAGAUCUUCAAGGUACCAUCCAGCUGUCCCGUGGUCACCGUGGAUGGCUAUGUGGACCCCUCAGGUGGCGACCGCUUCUGCCUGGGGCAGCUCUCCAAUGUGCACCGCACUGACGCCAGCGAGCGUGCCAGGCUGCACAUCGGCAAGGGGGUGCAGCUGGAGUGCCGGGGCGAGGGCGACGUGUGGAUGCGCUGCCUGAGCGACCAUGCCGUCUUCGUGCAGAGCUACUACCUGGACCGCGAGGCUGGGCGCGCACCCGGUGACGCCGUACACAAGAUCUACCCCGGCGCCUACAUCAAGGUGUUCGACCUGCGUCAGUGCCACCGGCAGAUGCAGCAGCAGGCAGCCACGGCGCAGGCAGCAGCUGCUGCUCAGGCAGCUGCCGUGGCUGGUAGCAUCCCAGGGCCUGGCUCCGUGGGCGGUAUCGCACCGGCAGUCGGGCUCUCGGCGGCAGCCGGCAUCGGAGUGGACGACCUGCGGCGCCUCUGCAUCCUGCGCCUGAGCUUCGUGAAGGGCUGGGGCCCGGACUACCCGCGGCAGAGCAUCACGCACACGCCGUGCUGGAUCGAGCUGCACCUGCACCGCGCGCUGCAAUUGCUGGACGAGGUGCUGCACACCAUGCCCGUGGCCGAGCCCGCGCCUGUCAACUAGUCCCACGCCACGGCGGGCCUCCGGGGCUUUGGCCCAAUUGUACGGAAAAGCCAAAUAGCGGAAAGUACCAAAAAUCCUGGCAAGGGGGGGGCAGGGCGGGGUUUGUGCCCCCGGCCCACCCCUGGGAACAUGCCCUUCGUUUGCUCCCGGUGGCUUUUAAUCGUUAUUUAAAUGCUCUUGUGUUUUUUC